UCUUCCUCUUGCUUGAGGAGGGAGCGCUGGUAUAAAUGGAGAGGCCGGAGACGCUGCUUUUCUUUAGUACGGUUAGGUGGUAGACAGAAAAAAAAGAUCUGUUUACCAUGGCAACUUCACCGAGGGAGUUAACGCAGAACCCGUUAAAGAAAAUCUGGAUGCCUUGCAAAAAUGGCUUUCCGGAAAAACACACCUCGCAAAGGAAAGUUUGCAUGACAAACUGCCCCACGCUGAUUGUCACAGUGGGUCUCCCUGCGAGAGGUAAAACCUACAUCUCCAAGAAGCUGACUCGCUACCUGAACUGGAUCGGAGUCUCUACCAAAGAAUUUAACGUCGGGCAGUACCGACGGGAGUGUGUGAAAAUAUACAAGUCUUUCGAGUUCUUCCGGCCAGACAACGAAGAGGGAUUGAAAAUCAGAAAACAGUGUGCAGCUUCAGCUUUGAAUGAUGUCAGAACAUACCUCAGUGAAGGGGGGCAAGUGGCUGUAUUUGAUGCCACGAACACAACGCGAGAACGAAGAGACACGAUCAUGAAGUUUGCAGACCUGAAUGGAUACAAGGUGUUCUUUGUGGAAUUGGUUUGUGACGACCCAGAGGUUAUUGCUUCAAACAUUGUGCAAGUGAAGCUCGGCAGCCCAGAUUACACGGACUGCAACACGGAUGAGGCAGUGGAGGACUUCAUGAAGAGAAUAAAGUGCUACGAGAACUCCUACGAAACGCUGGAUGAAAUCAAGGACAGGGAUCUCUCCUACAUCAAGAUCAUGGAGGUGGGGAGCCGGUAUCUUGUGAACAGAGUGCUGGAUCACAUCCAGAGCAGGAUCGUUUACUACCUCAUGAACAUCCACAUCGCCCCGCGCUCCAUCUACCUCUGCCGGCACGGAGAGAGCGAGCUAAACGUCAAGGGCAAGAUUGGGGGCGACUCGGGGCUGUCUGCACGGGGCAAGCUGUUUGCAAAGUGCCUGGGUAAAUUCAUCCAGGAGCAGAACAUCAAGGAUUUGAAGGUUUGGACGAGUCAGAUGAAGAGGACGAUUCAGACGGCCGAAGCCUUGGGAGUGCCUUACGAGCAGUGGAAAGCUCUCAAUGAGAUAGACGCUGGUGUCUGUGAGGAGAUGAUGUAUGAAGAAAUUCAGGAUCACUAUCCCCUGGAGUUUGCAUUGCGAGAUCAGGACAAGUACAGAUACCGCUACCCCAAGGGAGAAUCCUAUGAAGAUCUUGUGCAGAGACUGGAGCCGGUCAUCAUGGAGCUGGAGAGGCAGGAGAAUGUGCUGGUGAUCUGCCACCAAGCUGUCAUGCGCUGCCUGCUGGCAUACUUUCUAGAUAAAACUGCAGAGGAACUGCCUUACCUGAAGUGCCCCUUGCAUACAGUGUUAAAACUCACUCCAGUGGCUUACGGAUGUAAAGUGGAAUCCAUUUCUCUAAACGUGGAGGCUGUCAACACGCACAGAGACAGGCCAGAGAAUGUAGACAUUUCAAGACCCCCAGAUGAAGCACUUCUUACUGUUCCUGUGCACCAGUGAAACUGGCUCUGUUUUGGCUGGUCUGACGGUGUCUCACAUCGCCGGUCUCCAAUUCACUUGUCCCAAAAAAACAAAAAAAUUGUUUGUUUUCUAAACUGGAAUCAGAAAUUGAAGUUGCAGUUUGUUUAAAUGUACAAAAUUGAUUUGAAAAAGAGAUUAUGGAAAUGUGGAAAAGAUUAGAAUUGAAAUAUCUUGUGGCAUUCUUUGCAAGUACUGUAACGUGUAAACUGUUUAUUUUCUUUUAACACUACUCCUGUAGAAUCAACACUUGUGUACCGAAGCGUGCACACUAAUGUACAUACUCAUGGUACGAUUCGCUGGUAAGAAUUUCGAUUAUCUGCGGGACUUCCCAGUCUUAUAUCUUAUAUAAGUCACUGCAUGUAAACCAGGUGGCUUUAAAAUCACGUGGAUACUUUGCGCUGCUGUUUCCAAGACCUUCCCUGGAGCAGGUAACUAACCGAGCAGACUUGGAGAAACGGUCGUGCGGGUUAUUAAUUUGUUCUGUAAUACUCUGCAUAUCAAUCGCUCUCCUCGCAGUCUUACUCCCUGAGCACUGUAAUCCCUGGGGCCCCUUUGCGUUUGGAGGAUUUUGGUGUCCAAUUUGUAAGGAUCCCUUUACUAAUUCAUUCAGUAUUUUUGACGUGUAGGUCAGGUAGCGAGAUAAGCAGGGAGGGAUGUACCAGAUAUGACAUUACACAAUUGAAAUGGCGUGCUGUAACAUAGCUUCCUUUGCGAACCACAGAGUUAGGGAGCUGUGCAGUGUCGGGAGUGCGAACAGGAGAGACUUUCUGAAGGAGUCCUGACCAGUGUGUUAAAAUGACAGCUGGACUUGCUGCUCGUGCUGGAAUGAGUGCACAUCUGGAACUGCUGCUUGCCAGGGUGCUUUGCAGAUAAAUAGAAACAUUAAAUACAUUACCCUCCUGUGUGUGUGUGUGUGGGGGG